AUGACCACACUCGGGUCUAUGGCUUUACGGCCAUAUCUGCGUUUAUUCGCCGUCAGUACUAACCAUCGAUUUGUAAUUUCUUCCCUCGUAUCCUCUAGACCAGCGUUUUGCCCCUUCGAUCGCGGAUGUUUGCUGGUUCGCAGCCGAGCGCUUGUCCAAAGGUAG